AUGGGACAAAGUUGGCAUCUUGGUAACACGGCGCACAGAUGUCACCGUCUCAAAAAGGCGUGCCACCCUGGCGAUUCGAUCCGUCGGCAAGCCGCCGACAAUACCCAAAGGGCAAACGCGCGAAUUGCUGAUCUCGAGGGCAAAUUGUCGAGUCUCGUGUCACUACUGCAGGAGCGCAAUGUUAUCGACAGGAACGUAUCGACGACGUCUGACACCCGAGCAGUCUAUGAUGAGCCGCAUUUGAGAGAGGCAGAUGAAAGCGACGGGCUAGAUAACAACACAGCUCGCGACCUAAACUCCCAAGAACAGGACGAUGAGCUCCAGUAUACCGCCUCCGUGCUCUCACCUCCACUUACUGGAUCUCCCGCUUCACAGAUAGCGCCCACCCCUCUGACCGCGGUAUCGGGACCAUCGACCGGUGGAAGCGCUGAAGACUUCGAGCGCUUCCGGUGGCUGAUGCUUCCGAAUUUCCCCUUCAUCUACUUUCCGUCCGACAUGACAUUAGAGAAGCUACAAAGACAACGCCCUUUUCUUUGUGAAGCAAUCCGAUGCGUAACCCCUCUGUCGGCAAGCGAGAAGCGGACGCGGGCACGUAAGCUAAAGCAAAUUCUCGGCGAGAUGAUGUUUCGUGAAGAGAAAACCUCCAGCAAACACGCGUCUAUGGACCUUCUCCUGGGGCUUUUGGUAUACAUCGCCUGGGGAUGGCAUCACGUUCUUUCAGGCUGUAGCUUGACAAGGCUGAUGACUUUUGCCACGACUUUGGUCGGGGAAAUGCGUUUGGACAAACCAGCAAGGGGACUGUCGUACCGAAUGCAAUUCUUCGCCCCAGGAAUUCAACACGAUGAUAACGAGGAAAGCGAGAUGACAACGACCCAGGUUCUGGAGUCUCAGCGUGCAGUUCUAGGUUGCUUCGCUCUUAGCUCUGCCGUAUCAGCCUACUUCGGCGAGAUGGAGCCGCUGAAAUGGACGUCUCAGAUGAACGCGGGUCUGGCCGCUCUGGAAGCUCAUCAGGAUUUAUCUGACAAAGCUUUGGUUUUCCAAGUUCGUCUUCAACUGCUGGCCACCAGAAGCGCACAGUUCGACCCCCAGGCCUCAAUGACUGGACUGCCAUCAACGGCUGUCUUGGAGGGACAAAUGUUUUUGUCACAGCUACAAGACAUUAGGGCAUCUAUGGAGUCAGAAAAUCUGCCUAAACGAGGUGUACUCCAGGCUCACACACACUAUACCGAACUCCGCAUCCUCGAAGCAGGAUCACAAAUUAGACCCCACGAGCCUUCGGAGAUGUGUCCUGGACCUUUAGCCAACAUAGCAGCUCUCCCAAGCGAUAACGUCUUUUGUCUUUGGAAAGCAGAACUCGCCGUUAACGCCUGCGCGAGGGCCCUCCUGUGUCUACCCGACUCCGCCUUUCUCGGCGUGUCGUUCAUACAGUCAAUCCAGUGGUCUCACCUCGCCAACUGUAUUGCAAUACUUUGCCAUCUCGCCAAAUCUUAUCACCACCCUGGCGCGGAUCCUGCUGUAGAGAGGGCCAUCGGCGAGCUUCCCGGUGUUCUGGAUCGCUUGGCUGAUAGGUUGAGUGCUGUUGCUGCCGAAGCUGGGGAGAACGGACCAGAUGAUGUGCUUACACAACUCGCGGAUGGGAUGCACAAGUUUCGUUCUUCGAUCGAUGUGGAUGCGGACAAUUCUGGGGUAGAAUCUGGGUCGGGUACUGCCACCUCAACGGUGCCAUUCCGGAAUCCUGGGGCGUGGUUGGGGCAUAUCUGGGAUGAUUUGAGUUCGUAA